CGGACCUCCCGUGCCGGAGCGGCUUGUCUUCCGAGUCCCCUUGUUCCCACAUGGGCCCUUCCAGCGUGCAGCCGAGUGUGACAGCGGCUCUAGGCGAGUCCCAGCCCCCGGUCCAGGAGUUGGCACCCAGGGCCCUGGCGUUGAGCUGCGUCCCAGAGUGUGAAAGCUGCGUCCCUUUUCACUUUUGCUUUUGAGACGGGGUCUGGCUGCAUUGCCCCGCCUGGGCUCGGACUUGGGAUCCUCCCGUCCCCGCCUCCCAGAGUGCUGGGAUUACACGUGUGCGCGACCACGCUUGGCUUCCUCUUAAAAUUUAAGUGUCAUCGGUGGUUUGUGGAUCACGGAGUGGAUGGGCCUUAGCCUGUGGAUGGCCGCUGCAUCAUUUUUCACUGAAGGUUUUCCUUUGAGCAGAUCCGAAAAUCGUCCAAAAAGAGACCUUUUCUUCGUUUUCGUUCCCUACGUUCAAGUUAACAGUUCUUGUAUUCAAACACUGAAAUCUCUCAUUCAGCACAAAACCUCGGUGCCUUAGCUGGUACCUUUCCCUCACCUAGAGUUGUGUAAGAUUUCUUCCACCCUUAAUCUCUGCUGCCUCUGCUCAGCACUUCGCAGGGAAGUUUCUUAGCUUGGCUAGCACCUCCCUCAGAUCCACCGUAAUGCCAUGCUGGACUUCGUGUUCACUGUAGAUGACCCAGUUGCGUGGCAUUCAAAGAACUUGAAGAAGAAUUGGAGCCACUACUCUUUCCUAAAACUUUUGGGGCCCAAGAUGAUCACCUCUGUUCAGAAUAACUAUGGCGCCAGAGUUUACUACAAUCCAUUGAUCCUCUGCGACGGUAGGCUUAUCAAGUAUGGGGUGAUUAGCACCCGUGCUCUGAUUGAAGACCUGCUUGGCUGGAAUAACUUGUACAUCGCUGGCCGCCUCCAGAAACCGGUGAAAAUCGUAGCAAUGAAUGAGGACGUCACCCUGCGAUCCGCCCUGGAUAAGAACCUGCGGAGCGCAGUUACUGCGGCCUUCCUCAUGCUCCCCGAGAGCUUCUCCGAGGAAGAGCUGUUCGUGGAGAUCGCUGGGCUGUCCUACGCGGGUGACUUCCGCAUGGUGAUCGGGGAGGAAAAGGCGAAGGUGCAGAAUAUCGUGAAGCCCAACGUAGCCCACUUCCGCGAGCUGUACGGCAGCAUCCUGCAGGAGGACCCGCAGGUGGUGUACAAGAGCCAGCAGGGCCACCUGGAGAUAGAUAAAAGCCCAGAAGGACAGUUCACUCAACUCAUGACACUGCCCAAAACCUUACAGCAACAAAUAAAUCGCAUCAUGGACCCCCCCGGGAAGAACAGGGACGUGGAGGAGACGCUGCUGCAGGUCGCCCACGACCCGGACUGCGGUGACGUCGUGCGCCUAGGGCUGUCGGCGAUCGUGCGACCUUCUAGUAUAAGACAGAGCGCCAAGGGCGUCUUCACUGCCGGCCUCAAGAGAUCAGUGAUUUAUAGCUCACAAAAACUUCGCAAAAUGUGGACAGGGUGGCUGAGGAAGACCUGAUCUGGCUCACAUAUAUGUAUCAUGGAUAGACGAAUAAAGGGUUGGCUCUUUUUUGACA